AUGUCUGUAUUGCUUGAAGAUCCCUUCUACCGGAGUGCUGCUACAGCUGGAGCCGCAGCCGCAUGCAUAUUGUCUUUGCUGCCGCUGCUGGGCGAUGGAUAUCAGCUGCUGCGUGGGCGUCUAAGCAGCCGCAGCCGCAGCAGCAGCAGCAACAGCAGCGGCAGCAAGACGGGGGUAGCAGCAGCACGGGGUGUACAUACAUCUCCUAAAACCCUUGCCUUCCGCUUAACCUUAGUGGUUCCUGUCUAUGCACUGACUUCUUUAUUAGCCUUCCUCUACUGCUCUCCUCUCAACUCCCUUCCUGCUGCUGCUCCUGCUGCUGCUGCUGCUGCUGCUGUUCCUGCUGCUUCAGGGGCCCUCUCCUCAGCGUCCGCUGCUGCUGCGGGUGCGCAGGAGCUGUCUCCUCGUGCUGCAGUAGCAGCAGCAGCAGCAGCAGCAACCGCCUUGCAGCAGCGCAGCGGCGGCUGGAUAGGCCUCUGGCUUAGAGGAGCAAGAGAGGGCUAUGAAGUGUAUGCUCUCUAUGCCUUCUUAGAGUUGCUUAUAGCACUGCUGGGGGGAGAACAGCAGGCAGUAAACCAACUCCACCUCAAGACGAUGGCUGGGACACAUAAAGAGACUCGCGGCUCAGUGGCUAUGUACGCACUCAUCCUUUUCUAUAUGGCAGUGCAGAGGCCGCUGUCUCCGUGGAGACCUCUGCCCAAGUUCUUGUGGCUGAAGAGUAUUGUCUUUCUUUGCUUCUGGCAGUCCCUCGCCCUUCGCUGGUUAGCGGGCCUCUUCCUCACGGGCACCGGCGAGGAAGCAGCAGCGCCAGCAGCAGCAGCAGCAGCUGCAGCAGCAGCAGCAAGACUACAAGAUUGGCUCAUCUGCAUAGAGAUGGUGCCCUGCGCGGGCGAUUCUGCUGCUGCUUCUGCUGCUGCUGCUGCUGCUGCUGCUGCUACCCCAGGGGUGUACGCAGCGACGUCCGGCGCUGAAGAGAGGAACCACGAAGGCGAGCACAGCAGCAGCAGCAACCUCCACAGCAGCGGGUACAGCAGCAUGAGCAGCAGCAGAAGCAACAGCAGCAAGCUAAAAAAGCCGCUGCAGCAGCUGCCUGAUGUUGCACUCUACGGCCUCAAAAGGGCGGAAGCAGCAGUUGCUGCUGCGGCUCCGUUCAUACUCCCUGCUGUUUCGCCGGGGAGUGCCUUGUGGCACUGCAGCAGCAGCAGCAGCAGCAGCGGGAAGAACAGCAGCAGCAGCUCGUAUGGGUGA